GCUCUAGCCCAGGCUACAGCCAUGCCUCUUCUGGAAGAGACCACUCUGCCAAAAGAGCACCCACCCACUGUUCCUGUGGUCAUCAUAGGCAAUGGGCCAUCAGGUAUUUGUCUGUCAUACCUGCUGAGUGGAUACAAGCCUUACCUGGACACGGCAUCAGUCCACCCGAAUCCUAUACUAUACAGAAAACUGCAGGAGACCAAGCACCUACCCAUCACUGAACAGGACCUGGAAUAUUUGAGUGAAGGUCUUGAGGGGAGGUCAAGGAACCCAGUGGCUGUACUGUUUGACACACUACUGCACCCCAAUGCUGACUUUGGCUAUGAGUUCCCCCCUGUCCUUCAGUGGAGGAGGGACAAACAACAACACAUUCCACAUCUUGUCUUGGGGAGGGCAACGCCUGGAGGUGCCUGGCAUGCAAUGGAAGGCUCCAUGCUGACUAUUAGUCUUGGCAUCUGGAUGGAGCUUCCUGGGGUCAAUUACAGAGACUUGACCAACGGAAAACGAAGGGAUGUAACCAGUGACAGAGCCAGUCCAGAAGAGAUCUCAUCCUACUACCGUAACUAUGUGAAGCUAAAGGGCUUCCAAAAGAAUUUUGCUGACAACACCUACGUGACCUCCGUCCAGAAACUCUGCCGGGGGCACGAGGGAGAAGGUCUGGAAAAUGGUCACAAUGAUGAAAUAGAAGGACAGGUGGGAGAUGGUGGGAAUGAGGGCUUUGAGGGAAGUGGUGGGGGGGCUCUCUGGGAAGUGAGGGGAUACCAACAGGUGCAGAACGACACUCAUGUCCCCUUCUCUCUGUUUGCCGAGAAUGUAGUUCUGGCCACCGGUGCCUCUGAUUCACCGGUUCGAUUAAAUGUUGAGGGGGAGGACCUUCCUUUUGUAUUCCACAGCAUCUCAGACCUGGGCUUGGCAGUGAGCCUUAGAAAACUGGAUAUGAACUCCGAUCCAGUUUUAAUCGUUGGUGCUGGUUUAAGUGCUGCUGAUGCAGUUCUGUGUGCUUACAACAGCAACAUCAGAGUGCUGCAUGUCUUUCGUAAGAGUGUAGACGACCCAGACCUCAUCUUCAAACAGCUGCCCAAGACCCUGUACCCAGAAUACCACAAAGUCUACAACAUGAUGUGCUCUCAGACCUACACAAGCGUGGCUCCCUCCUCUGCUUCAAACAGACCCCAGGCAGUGAGUAUUGCUUCUUCAGUUUGUGCCAAGAUGUGCCCAAAGCCUCAGCUUACCACAGGUAACAUGGCUGGUAAUGCUGGUGUCAGCCUGUUUCCUGAUUACACCAGUUUCCCUGAACACUGUGUGGUGUCCUUCCAGUCUGACAUGAAGUGUUUGCUGCAGGGGAACAACUCCCUGAAGGCAUUCAAGAUCUCCAUGGCCCUGGUGCUGAUCGGGACCAAUCCAAACCUGUUUUUCUUGAAGGGGCAGGGCCAGUACUUGGGUCAGGAUCCAACCAAACCCAUCUCUUGCAAGCAGAACCCCAUUGACAUCCACCCCUACACUUUUGAGUGUACCAAGGAGCCAGGUCUGUUUGCCAUGGGCCCGCUGGUGGGAGACAACUUUGUUCGCUUUUUGAAGGGCGGCGCUUUAGGCAUUUCCUCCUGUCUGCUGAAGAGACUCAAGAAGAAGGGGAAGCUCAUCAGCAAUGGAGGAAAUAACUUAAUUUGA